AUGGCCAAUUUGUUCAAGGAUGACGUUGAGGCCCCUCUGUGCUUUCAAAGCUCUACUCCUCUAGCCUCUCACACCUGGGUCAGCAAGAACCUGAGCUGCUCGUUUCCCUCAAGUGAAGUGAGGAACAACGCGAUGAAAUGGUCAGAUGGGAUUGAUAGGCUUCUUCCAAGGCAAGGAGCUCACUGGAAGAAGGCUGGAAUUUACAAUGCAAUCCUUCGUCUGGCUGAACAGGCCUACGGUUCUGGCUCAUCUGUACAAGAAUCUGCAUACUGCCACCUUGGAGAAUCCCCUGAACCUGUCUGCUCCUAG